AUGACCGGGUCCAGCAUCAGCGAGCACUCCGCGCUGCUGGAUGAACGCAUCGAUCGCGCACUGGAACAAGUGGAGCGCACGCGCGACGCGACUAAUAUUUUGCAGAUCAUCCUUGGGGACAUGCGAGGCGAGGUGCGCGCGCUGCGCGAAAGCUCUGAAUCGGAACCCGACGUGUAUAUGGAACGCGAUGCUCUCCUCGCAGAACGGGACGCAUUGCUGACGGAGCGAGACGCACUGCUCGCGGAGCUCGCACAUGUGGAAGCAUUUGUGGUAAAUGAGUCGUCGAGGAUAGACGAUCUUGACGGACAGAAGGGUUCGGUGAAGCAGGAUAGGGAGAUGGAUUCUACGAGAGGUGCUUCGACUUCCGUGAAGCGGGCUCAAAAAAAUCUAGACAUGCAUCCAGCAAAGAAAGCAAAGCUUGCAGAACAAAAUAAAAUGCCUCACAACCGCCCUCGAAAUGAUGCAGGCAGCCUAUCUGCAUCUGGAACACCUCCUCUGACUUCACGAGCGGAUGGACGGAGCUCAAGAUUUAAUGGACCUCAACAAGCUGGCUUGCGUGCCGUUUCUAUGUCACUCACAGGGAGUGUGGAAUGGCCACCAAAGCGAGAAAGAGCAUUCUCUGUGGCAGAUCAUGGAUACGCUAACCGCACUUCUUUCGCAAACAAUGAUCCUGUUUCUCGUGGGACCGGAGAAGAAGCACAUAACGGAUUGUCCCAGGAUUUCAGCGACAAAAAACCUCCCGAACUGUCCCCGUUAUGGCUCACAGACCCUUCACUUGGUGAUCGCCGCGGCUGCGUCGUGCGUAUCAAUGGAACACGCGGAGCGUGGUGGGACGGAGAGAAAGAGGGUAUACAGGGCGUCAUCGAAGGCAUACAAGACGCCCGAUCUGCACAGAUGCCAAGCACAGCGACCGUCCGUCUCGAUCAGCCUGCCAAGAGCUCUUCAAAAUACCAGGUGAAGGACGAGCUACAAGUCCUCACGGUGCCGGUGCAGUACUUAGUGCCGGUCCCACCCACAAAACCCGCAUCCGCGAUGAUGCUCAUGGGUAAGUGGAGGGGAACGGCUGUGGCUGCUGUGCAAAGGGCCGAAGGCGCUAGUCCUGGUGAGGAUGGUGAAAAAUGGGUCGUUACGAGGGAUGGAAAGCAAUUUGAGAACAUACUCAUAGUGAUGUUGGUGACUGUCAGACGCGUGUAA